UAUCCCACUCCGUUACAAAAAAAUGAACUGAAUAACACCAGGCUUUGCUCUACUGAUCUGGAAAGCAUUGCAAAUCACUCACCAAGGAUUUUGUCAUAAAAUCCGCAAAAGUGUUGUGGGGCAUGUACCAAAAACUUUAUUAGAAUUACAACGAGGAAUUUUCCAAAGGGCUUAUCAAGAAUCAGCCAAAGAAUUUGAGAGAUAUUCACUUUAUCUCACUGGGAAUAUGGUACAGUCCUUUUCAGAAAUUAUUCCUUACUAGACUGAAGAAUCUACCAAAGAUCUUCCUUGAAAUGGAACCUUUAAGGCGAUACUACGAUACCAUAGUGCCAAACCCAUCAAGGGACUAAUAAAUGUUAACAAAUUUGUCAUUGAUCUUGUGAGAAGAAAGAAAAGAAAGAGUGUCAGAUCUUCGCUAAUGACUUUCGCAGAACAUUUACUUUUACACCUCUCAUCAUUUUUGCAUAUGAAAAGUUCGUGGAAGUAAGAGCUUGGAUGUUAAGCUAAACAAUCCAUCAAUCAAUAACCCUCAAAUUCGAUACAACUAAAAACAUUCAUCCUUGCACAAAUUGCAAUCAUCUGCAACGAAAGAGUGCACUGCAAGUCCACAAAUUUCUUCCACUCCAAACUUCUGUUGAACCGGUUUCCAGUUUAAGGUCAGUGUAUCAGAUGGGUCACAGCAAGAAUACUAUCCAGUUCUCUGUGCUUGUCCACUCACAUCGCUGGAUGAAUGGAAACGUUGAAGAAUCGCCUGAAAAAUGAGAUUGCGUGCGUGAAUGUUCGACUAUAUGUAGCUGAGUAACAUUUUUGCAACUAUCUUGUUUGUAGCAAAUUGUAUAUGAUGUUAUUUGAUUAUUUGUAAGUUUCAUUUAAUUUCAAUACUAUCAGAAAACUUGACCAGUUUUCUCAUAUUUCAUAAGCUGAAGAAAGAUAGAUGGCUUAACAAAGCAAGACUCUAGAAUACCUAGGUGGAUCGAUCGACAUUUCCGCAAAGAUUUGAAAUGUAUGACUUUCUUCCUUUCACUUGUGACACAUUUUAUACGUUUUGACGCACCUUUACCAUGAUUCGCAGCAUAAAUAAACCCCACCACAAUGCAAACUUUAUCAGUUGGGGUCGUGGUUGCUCUUCGGAAGAAAGCUGCAUAACCGUUAAAGUAAGUAUAUCAUUCCUUAAAAUAAGAUUUAUUAUUUAUUCUACCGAUUCUUCUAGGAUGUACGGACUCAGCCUCAUAAUACCAAUACUCCUGUUCAACUCGAUUCAAACCGGAUCAGCAAACGACCAUCUUCAGUGUCAAUCAUGGUGCCACUCUCAACCAGCCGUUCAAAUAAACGAUGGCUGCCUUUGUGGAACCAAAAUGGAUGGACUGGAAGCAGGACCUUUUGAUGCCUUCGUCGGAAUUCCGUUCGCCAAACCACCCGUAGGCCGGCUAAGAUUCGCGAAUCCAGUACCAAUCGAUCCGUGGAAGCGGUAUCUCAACGCCAGCACCACAAAGUCAAUGUGCAUUCAAAAGUACGACAUUUUCCCGCUGGCCACCAUCAGGGGGCAGGAAGAUUGUCUGUACUUGAACGUCUACCGGCCGAAAAAAUGCAAACACAAGAAGUUACCGGUCAUGGUUUACAUUCAUGGUGGUGGAUACAUAGGAGAAAGUGCUGAUCCACUGGUGCUAGGACCGGAGAAGUUCAUGGACACCCGGAAGGUCAUCAUUGUCACUUUGCAGUAUCGGCUGGGACCGUUCGGGUUCCUCGCUAGUGACGAUCGUUCUGCUCCCGGGAAUUUCGGACUGAAGGAUCAAUCGUUAGCUCUGCGAUGGGUUCAAGGAAACAUCGAAAGCUUCGGCGGAGAUCGUCGACGGGUGACUUUGUUCGGUCAUAGUGCGGGGGCUGCUUCGGUACAGCUACACAUGAUGAGUCCACUGAGUGAAGGUCUCUUUUCGAAGGCGAUAUCGCAAAGCGGAAGUGCUUUGGCUUUCUGGGGCAGGGAAUACCCGGAUCAGCUUGGGUUGGUACGAAAGCUGGCAGUUGCUGCGGAAGUAAAAGGAGCCGAAAGAAUGAGUUCUGAAAAAUUGAUAACGGCGCUGAGGAAAGUCGACGCUUCUAAGUUACUCGCUAGUGUUGAUAAGCUGAAGUUUUGGAAUAAUCAACCGAUUAUUCUUUUCCGUCCGGUCGCAGAGAAAUAUGUGGAUGAUGAAACAUUCAUAAAGGAAGAUCCCAAGGAGCUGUGGGCUGCGGGACGCUACCGGAAAAUACCUUGGAUGACGGGAUAUCUUCCAAAUGAUGGAAUAGCUGUGCUUUUAUCGUUAUUUGUCGAUCAGCUGGAACCUUUUAUCAAGAAUCAACAGGAGCUGCUGCCACUUUUGGCAGACGUCCCUCCGAGUUCAGUACCUUUAUUGUAUAAGAAAUUUUUUGGUGGUAACCCCAUUAGUCCGGAAAAUGCCUUUGCUCUGACCCAGGUAUACAUAUCGAAGACACAUACUGACUUCAGACUAAACUAAAUUUUAUGCAUUUCCAGGU